AUGUCUUCUCUGCUUUGCGAAGAAGAAGAAGAAGAAGAAGAAGAAGAAGAAGAAGAAGAAGACGUGCGGCGGGUGUCUGCCUGUCGGUUUCCCGGACAUUUUUCGCAUUUUUCAACAAUUUCCGCCGCUUUUCUUUGUUGGUUUUCUUGAGAACUGACGGAUUUUUGCAAAAUUUUCAAUGAUAAACGUUGUUUUUUUGCGUCUUCAGCGAAUUAAAAUCAGUUGAAUUCAGAUAUUUUCCAAAUCAAAGAAUCCUUUUUGCCUGUGAAUUUGAGUAGUUUUGGCUUUUCAGAAUAACUUUCUUAGUUUCUAAAAGUUCUUUUUGUACUCCUUUUUGUUCUCUUCAUUUUUAAAUGUAGGAAAUCCAAUCGAAAUGGAAGAAAUUUCGGAUAUAAGCGGAAGAACCUGCUUUUUGCGGUCCAAUCGAAAAUAAAUCGGAAAGUUUUUUUUUUUGAAAACUGUUAUUUUUUUUUGGCACUCUCUCCCUCUCUCUUGACCAUAUUUUUCUCGAAAAGUUUCCAUUUCGGUCAAUUUCUCACGUGCCCUUAUCUGCUAACCGUAGGUUUUUUGCAGGUAUGUGUAAAGUUUGCCGUCGUCCAGUUCUUCACUUCAACCACUUUUCUCCUUUUUCUUCUUCUUUUUUCUUCCCUUUCCGUUUUAUUGCUCCUUUUCUUGUUAGAAUUUGGAAGAGGUGGUCAAAUCGAGUUAUAUUGAUCGUUUUGAUGAAAUUUGAAGAGGCGGAAAAAAUAUGGAAUUUUUGAAAAUAUUUUUAUCAGACUUGACUAAUGAAAAGGGUCGAUAACGAACGUAUACGUUGGACCUUGAAUCCGCUUGAAGUUCGUGAAGAGAAGAAUUUCAGAAAAAAAAACAAGCUACACAGAUAUUAUAAACACGAUUUUACAUUGGAGCGCCUUUUCCCUGACUCAAAGCGGCUAUUUUCUUUCAAUUGAUUUUCGAAAUUUUCCCGGCUAAAGUUGGUCUUUCAGGUUUCAGGGCUGUUUCUGUUCGCGAACUACAUUUUUGUUUCUAGAAUUUCGAAAAUUCCUCUUUUUUCCUUAAACUUUCGAGAUUUUUGGGGUAUCCCAUAAGAAAUGAUAUAAUAAUAGGUUUAUUCACUGCAUACUGUUGGAAAAUAAUAAAUAAAAUAGUUCAGAAUACGAAAGCAGCAGAAUAACCAAAACGGGAAUUAGUCCACCCUAACGAGUAGACUAUGACCCGGGGAUAGAAAGGAAGUCAGAGCAAACGGGAAGGAAUGGAUUCGAAAAAGGCAGAGUUAGGGAGAUCAUUAAGUUUAACCCGUAGCGCAUCCGUAGAGACGUUAAAAUUUAUUCUAGAGGUAAGUUUAUUCCAUAAUGGAAUAGUUUUGGAAAAAAAAUCUUUAGAGAACUGACCGGAAGUGCGAAGUCGAAGUGGAUUCCUCUGUAAAGGAGAAAUAGUGAAGAAGUCAUUGCGAUUGAGAAAGUGGUCAGAGCCGCAAAUUAUUUUAUGAAGAGAAAUAAUGUCGUUAAUACAACGACGUACAAAGAGAGGUUUAAAGCCAAAUUGGCUGAGACGAUCAGAAUAAGAACUGAAGCGAACAUUGCAUCUUAUAAAAACUUUUCUACUGAAUUGGCGUAGAGAAGACUCGAGUUUGAAGCAUUCCUCAGACGAGAUAGAGGGAGAAAAGAUUUCACUACAAUAUUCGAGAAUAGGCGUCACGUAGGUUUGAAACAUUCUGAGGUAGUGCAGGGGGGAAGAAAACUUAAAGGUAUUUAGUAUUUGAUUAGACCGUAAUGUAGCAAAGGCAGAGAUACGGGAAAUAUGGUCUUUGAAGGAGAGCUUCUCAUCAAUUUGAAGGCCUAGAUCACGAACAAUUGAUCUUUGUGGGAUUUGAAAUUGAUCAAGAAAAUGAUCUAUAUUUAGCAUCGGCAAAAAAAAAGAAAUGAUUGUUUGGAAAAAGUUUGGGGGUCCUCCUCAUUCUCAUCUUGUGUGUGUUGGGUUAGUCGCGGAAUUUUGUGUUUUUGUCUGUAACGACGACGCAAGAAGAGGCGAAGAGAAGCUGUGUUUGUACACACAGGACGGAGGAGAGUGCGGACGGUCGUCGACGGAGGCACACACACGGGGGCCACCAGCCAAAAGCUUCUCUCCUUUCCCUAUUUUUCUUCGACUCGAGUUAUGUUUUGAAUAUUUGGAGCGUUUAUUCAAUUAGAUUUCAUGCACACCUUGAUGCGAACCCUAACGAGUUUGCCUUGUUGUGAAUCGUUUCAUAUUUGAAUUUUUAUUCGGGAUUUUUUUUUCCCAGUCUUCAUUCGAAAAAAUUAUCUCCUUUUCCUCCCUUUCAUUCGAAUUAUUUUUUUUAAUAUCUUUGAGUAUUUUCUCUCGGAAAUCCAUUAAAGGACCUUGGAAAAAAUUGGUUUUGAUGGUUUUGAGAAGUUUUUGUGAGCUUGAGAUUUUAUUUUGAUCAAUUUUCCAGUUUGAUAAAUUCUAAGCCGCCGAGGUCACCGAUCAAAAGCUUCUAUUCCUUUUUUUCUUUGACUGGAUGUUUAAGAUAUCUUGGAUUAGUUUAUGAUAGAAGUAAGAGCUUUUUUGAUGGUUUCUGCAUGAUUUUUAAAAUUAUAUUUUGAUCAACUUAGUUAGAUUUCAAUGAAGUUUUUAAUUUGUUUUUUUAUAUUUAUGUUGGAGCUAUGCACUAGAUGUUUCGAAUACUUUUUUUGUUAUUUCUAGCUGUGAACUAAAAAAAUUACUUUUUUUAUGUUAAUCGUAAAUAUUUUGUUCCGGAGUUAUUGUAAAUCAUUUUUUCUUUUUUUGAAUGUUAUGAAUCGAUGAAACUAAUCUUAACCCUCCUAUUUUCUUUCUUUACAUCUUUAAUGUUUUUAUUUGUAGACUAUCACACUUUUUGAAAAGCAGGCAAUGUUUUUUGGAAUGGCGUCAAUUUUUGUGGUCUUUUUUCUUAAUUUACCUGUAAUUAAUUUAUAAUACUUUCGGCGUAGAUUUUCAUCAACGAUCUUUCUUUGGAGUCCCUUUUUUUAUAAUUUUGUACUGAUAUUUUGCAGUGGCUUCAAAAAUCGAUAUCGAUCCCCUUCUAACUUGAUCUAACUUGAUUCUAAUCCACUUGACUAUUCAUGGUUUUUUUUUCUGCUACCAGAGCUUCAAAAUCGAUAUCGUUUGUAGGAGCUUUUCUUCAAAGGCUGUUUGAGGCAAAAUGAUACUGAGUUAUAAUUUUUUAGGACAAUUUAAAAAUUUCGAUUCAAUUUCGAACACAUUCCUGAGUUCCACUUACACUACCAAGAAGCUUGAAUCUGCGUAGAGACUGUCCGAUUUGUCGUCGGGUUAUGAUUUGAUUGGGCAGCGUCGCCCGAAAAACGCUCCUUCUUCUUCUUCUUCCUAUUUGGUGGUGGUGGCCGUGGUGGGGAGACUCGAAAACGAAACCUGCUUUCGUUUUGGUGUCGAUCGUCUCCGUGGAAGUCGUCGUCGUCGUGGGGCUUCCGACGACGUCGAUGACGUGA